AUGGGCUUGUCGCGAUUUUCGGCGAAUGGAUGGUGUUUUCCGUUGAUUUUGACGUUCCAGUUAUUUGUUUAUACGUCCUGCAUGGAUGGCUCGACUACUAUUCAAACGACCACUCCAAUUAUGUCUGAUGUCAGUGAGUUUCCUGAAGCUCGCAGAUCUCCAAGAUUUUUGUGCGUUCAAGCCGGUUGUACCUGCGAAGGAGUCAACGAAGAGAAUGCCAUGGCGAACUGCAACUGUCACGGACAGCUUGACGAUGCGAUAAAAAGGACUCAGACAUUCCUCAAGUUUGCGGGACUAAGGUUUCCGCCGAACCUCAAAAAAAUCCAAAUUUCCAACUGCCAUUUUCUGGACCUCGGUGUGAAUGACGAGUUGUUUCAAUUAAACUUGGCUGAAAUAUCAAUCGAAAAUUCUAUCGGCGUGACCUUACGGUCAAAGGCAUUCAAGAAAGUUGCUCGUUUCACUGUUAAGAAUGUGGAGAUGUUUUCGUUCGAAAUUGGCGCCUUUGAUCAUUUAGAUGCUGAAUCCCUCCGUUUCGUAAACGUCACCUUUAACAAAAACAUCAUGGACAAUUUCAAAGACGUUGGAGCCAUUAGCCCCCAAAGAAUCCAAUCAACUUUGGAAUUUCGGGAUUCCAAACUGUCGACCGACAUGGAAAUUCAAAUAAAGCAAACUGAUGUAACCAAUCUCACAGUUAGCUUUCGCGGUUGUACACUCGAAGGUUUGAAAUCGACCAUCAGAGCUGAUCGCUUUGAAUUGAUUGGAAACAACUUCCCAAGUCUCUGUACUAUUCCUACGGACGUCCCGCUAGUUCCAGAAGGUAGAAUACGUGAAAAGCCAGAAUGUGAGUUGGAAAAUGAAGCACCCAGCACCAGGGUGGAGUUUUACAAAUCACUAGAGCUCAGCAACAACACUUUCGAUAAUGAGUCGAUGCCUAACAUUCGCUUUAAUGUUCAAGAUAGGGGCGUCAUGGACGUUAUCUUCCCUGAUGACAAAAAGGCCAACCAAACUAUGGCAGAAUCAGCUGAAAAGUGGCUAAAGUCUUUCACUUUCGAUUUUAAAGGUAUCAUGGCCCCGAAUAAAACAAACAGGGGUGUCAAUGAAUGCAAAGAGAAAUGGGUUUGGGGGACUAGCCCGCAAAAGUAUCAAAUCUAUUGUCCCGACCCGCAGUCAAUGAAAGAUUUCGUUCGUUCCGGCAAGUUUAAACCUUUAUUUCAGCGCCCACCCAGUUCUUCUAGUUCUGCAACUUCGUCUUUGUUUUCCCUUAUUUUUGCAACAUUUAUUUUGGUGGGAAUGUGAAUAAUGUCCAUGCAUUGUUUUAAAAAUUAUCCUACAAAAUGUAAUAGUCCUUCGCCCAUAGUUUUCUUUUAAUUCAAAAAACGCAAUACAAUUCAUCAUGCCUACUUAUA